CUCAAAAACCCAGCAAAGAUGGUGAACAUGAGCUCUCUACGCGACUCUGAUUCUUCAAUGGCUUCUUGGGUUCGAGGCAGUUGUAUAGGUAAGGGCUCGUGUGGCACUGUGACUAUCGGAGUGAGUAAAUCCGACGGUCGGGUUUUCGCCGUGAAGUCCGUGGAUCUUCAGUCGGGUCAGGUGGUGGCUUUGGAGAAUGAGAUUCGGAUCCUUCGGAGCUUGUCGUCGCCGUACGUGGUGACCGUCCUAGGCGACGACGCUACUACGUCGUAUCGGAACUUGUAUUUGGAGUACUUGCCAGGUGGCACCCUCGCUGACCUAGCAUCUCCGAAGAAUGGUGGGAGGCCUGCUGACGUGGACGAGCGCGUGCUGCGGUACUUCACCUGGUGUGUGGUGAACGCGCUGAGGUACGUUCACUCGAGGGGCGUCGUCCACUGCGACGUCAAGGGGAGGAACGUUCUGGUAGGGCUCAAUGGCGGCGUGGCUAAGCUCGCCGACUUCGGCUCGGCGGUGGAGCAGUGUUCCUCCGGUGCGGUGGCGGUGGGGAUCGUGCCACGUGGAAGCCCGUUGUGGAUGGCGCCAGAGGUGAUUCGGCGGGAGUCUCAGGGACCGGAAUCCGACGUGUGGUCCUUGGGAUGCACGGUGAUCGAGAUGCUCACCGGGAAGCCAGGCUGGGACGAGGAAGGCUUUAACACGCUCAGUCGAAUUGGAUACUCCGACGAGUUACCGGAGUUUCCGAGUCAAUUAUCAGAACUCGGACGCGACUUCCUUCGCAGGUGUCUGAGGAGAGAACCAAGCGAGCGGUGGAGCUGUGAUCAGCUGCUACACCAUCCAUUCUUGCUGUCUACACCUCCCAAUAAGCUCGCAGAGUCGUCUCCUCGGUGCAUCCUCGAUUUGAUAAACUCAGACGAAUUCAAGGAAGAAGACGAAGAAGAAAUCAGAAUCCACAAUGAAAAUUCGGCGAAUGACAGAAUCCGCAAACUAGCUACAAAGUCGAGGGCAAAUUGGGAAAUGGAAGAUGAUUGGUUGGAGGUGAGGGCAUUGGCGUCGAACACAGAAACCUCUAUUGCUUCUUCAACCACUAUUAGUGGCAGGGGAAGUGGAAGGGGACACGAAGACGAUGAAGGGACAAGUUCGAAAUAUGUUGAUUUGAGGAGGGUAGAAGAGGGAAUAGAAUUGGGGAUAAGUUGGGAAUAUUUGAAAAUGAGGAGGACAAAUCUGAGGAUAGGAAAUUGGGUUGAGGAUCACAGUGAAAAUGAUUGGCGAUAUGAGUAUGGGCUGAAACACGAGGGGGGUCUGUUGAGAAAGAUAAGAGCAAUAACCAUUUGCAGCUUGUGGUGUUAUUGUUGGUGUGACUUCAUAUUAAAAAUUAAUUUUUUAUUGCAAAUGAAUUUACAUAUUAAAUAUAUUACUUUAUCCUACCCUCACUCUCUUUCUAUUUUUAUUGUUAUAUAUUAUAAGGGUAAAAUUUUUCAGAUGAUAAUUCUUUAUUGACAAAAUAUAAACCUC